AUGUCGACCUCCCAGACGCGCCCCAGAACUCCGCCCUCAGACUAUGGACCCUCACUCACCCCACCAACGCUCGAAGAAAUUAAUCUCUGUCAUGUGUCCAUAGACGUAGAAGCAAGCGAGAAUAAGCCCAAAGGCUCACCGCCAUCAGCCACAGAAGACAACGUAGUUACUUCUGCGGAAACAGAAGAAGCAAACGACAAUAACAACAACAGUGGAACUUCCAAUGACGUCGACCUAUGUUGUUCAUUAAUCGUUCAUUUGG